UUUCACAAGGUCAAACAUAUGUUUUACCAUUAUUAAUGGCUGUUCUACCUGGUAUUGAUUCAAAUGAUUUCAAAAAAACUGCUGUUACAUUUCAAUUUCUUAAUGCUAUUUUAAUGUUGGUUACAUGUGUUGAUUGUUCAUCAGCUGUUCAUACUCGAAAUGAUCUUACUGAAAUUGAAAAAGAAGUUUGUUUAUCAACAGCUAAAUUCGAAGAUUUUAUAAGUGAAUUUCUUAAUCGAACAUUUCGAAUGAUUGAUACAUUAUCAACUGAAAUGUCUGAUGCUGUAAUUUUAACUAAUGAAGCAAAUUCCGAAGAUCAAGAAGCUAGUCAAGAAUUAACAUCAAUGAUAUCUGGUAUUGUUCAACAAUGUAGUAAUAAAAUUUUUCAAAUGAUUCGAGAAAAAAUUACAAACUUUUUAGCAGCAUCAUCUUUCUCACCUAAAAUUAGUAAACUUGUUAAUGGUCUUGUUCGUGCUAUACUUAAAGGAAAUCCUGAAGAAACACUUAAAUAUCUUUUACCACAAACAUGUGAACGUAUUGAAAAAAUUAUGAGCAAUUCAGAAACAACAAUAUUAACUGAUCAUAAAGGUGAUACAGAAUUAACAUGGUGUUUAAUACUUUUUUCUGAACUUGUUCGUGCUCGUGGUGAUACAUUACUUAUGUAUAAACCAAUGAUUCUAUCAAUUUUUCAUCGAUGUGUUCAUAUUAUUCAUAAAGAAUCAUAUGAAGCUGUAGCAAAUGCUGCAAAAAAUUUACUUAAAUCAUUAUCAUAUGUAUAUCCAAUUGAAUAUCGAUUAACUGUUGAAAAUAUUGAAGAACCAUUUACAGAUUUUUUACCUAUUCGAGCAUGGGGUCAACAUGUUGAAUUUGAUAAACUUCAAGUUCAAUUUCAUACACCAAAUGAAGAAGAAGUUGAUUUUGCAUGUGAAUUUGUUGAAACAUUUAUUUAUCCUGAAUUAGAAUUAUUGAAUGAAAAAUGUUCAAAAAUGUCAAAUGAAGAACGAUUACGAUCGCUUACUUUAAUACGUUUUAUCGCUAUUGGAUGCUUUCGUAUGGUACCACGUGUCGAUAGUAAAGAAGUAUUAGAUCUGAUACCAUCUGUAGUGUCAUUUGAUACGAAAUAUCGAGCUAAAUAUAGGCUAUAUGCUAAAGAACCUCAAUUUAAAGAAAAUUUACGAAUACGUCUGUUAAACGAUAUUGGAAAAUUACUUGAUGUUCUUGUUGAAAAUCAUUCAGAUGAUGCAUCAUCUAUAAAGAUUGCUUUAAAAAUUUAUUCAUUAUCAUCAAUCUAUUUCGGUGUAUUUGAACAAUUUGUAGACAAAUUAUGUAAAGAUCUUGAAACAAUUAAAUAUUUAUAUAAAAAUAAACUAUCCGGCAAACGAAAACAUCCUCGUUUUGUUAUUAUUAAACGAAUCGGAGUACAACUUGAAUUAUUCUCUAUCAGUAAUUAUCAAAGUUUAACUGAAAUUGAUAGACAAGUCAUACUAAAAUUAUUUGAAUUAUCUAUACAUCGAUACGGUGAAGUUCGCCGUAAUGCACAAGUUUAUUUAUUUCAUAUUUUACGACGUUAUCUUUUUUCAUAUCAAGUAAUUAUUGAUCGUAUUCUAGAAUUAUUUGAUAAUCCAGAUGCAGCUGAUCAUGAUCAAAUAAAAGGUUGUCUUUAUAUUCUUCUUGGUAAUGAUUCAAUUUUUAUACCAACGAAGCAUUCAUGGACAUUACUUGAAAAAUUAUGGCCAUCACUUACACGUACAAUUCAUGCAACUAAAAUUAGUACACAAAAAUUACUUGAUCGUAUUAUGGAAAAAAUUGGUAAACAAUUUGAUACUCCAGCUAUUAUUGAAGAUACUAAUGAUAUAUCAAUCAAAGCAGCAAUUGAAUUAUGGAGACCAUUAGAAACACAUGAAUUAAUAUCACGAGAUCAAAUGCGUGAAGAACGAAAUCAAGCAAAUAUUCGAUCAUAUAAUAACCUUAUGGAAACAUUAAAUUCAUUAUUUUAUAAUCAACCAUUAACUUGGCGACAACAAGAAAUGGCUAUGGCAUUUAUAUGGUUACUUCUACAAAAGCGUAUUCCAGUACCUUCAUCAUGUAUUCGAACAUUUGUUGAUUUUCUUGUUCAUGAUAAUGUUGAAUUACGAAAGAUUGCUGAAAAAGGUAUUGCAGCAUUUUGUCGUAUACAAAAACCACCUCGAAUUUAUACUGAAAAAACACUUGAUGAAAUUCUUCAACGUCCAGUUAAUAUUGAUGAAUGUCAUCCAGGUGAUCGUGAUGAUAAUUUAUGGAUAACAAUUAAUGAUUAUAAACCACCUAAAACACAAAAGGAAUGGGAAGAAACAUGUUUUUUGGAUAAAAGUUUUCAUGGUUAUUAUAAAUGGCCAAAAAUAAUUAAAUAUCCAAUAAAUAAACGUGAACGAUAUACAAAAGAAAAUAUGCCACAAGAUGUUGCAAUUUUAUAUGAGAGAUUUAUUGAUAAAAAUUUUAUUAAUAAAUUUACUCAAUUUAUGGUUUUAGAUGAAGAAAAGGGAAAGAUUAGUUUUGAUGCAAGACGAUUUAAUAUGUUUAAAGGGCUUUUUCGUAAUUAUGGUUUAGCAUUGGUUGAUAAUUUUAUUGAAAGAUUAUAUGUACUUAUACAUGAAAAAACCAAAGAAAAACAAGAAGGUAGUCAUAGAGUUGCAGCUGAAAUUGUAGCAGGAAUGAUACGUGGAUCAAAAUAUUGGACAAUAGAAAUGCUUGAUGAACUUUGGAAAAAAUUAAUACCAUUUCUUGAUGAAGUUUGUUUAAAUCUUGGUCCAGAAACACUUUCAUAUUGGGCUUCAUGUUUUAAAUUAGGAAUAGAAGAUGAAGAUCCACGUCGAAUGUAUCGUCCUAUUGAAUAUCUUCGUUCAUUAAUAAAUACACAUGCAACAGGAAAUACAUUUCUUGAAACAUCACGUUGGUAUCUUCUUCAAACUGUAACUAAUUUUGAAUGGCGUGUACCAGCUAUUUGGUGUUUUAUUAAUGAACAAGCUAAAGAAUUACUUGAUCAUCCAUAUAAAGCUAUUCGAGAACGAAUUGCUAUUGUUUUAGCAUUGUCGUUGACUUUCGAUGUGACAUUACCCAACGGUCAAUCAACACGUCAUCCAGAUGCUAAUAAAUUUAUUGAUAUGAUACGUGAACGAUUACAACAAGCAAUUGAAGUUUAUGAAAAAACACCAUUAGCUAAUGUAUCCGGUCAAGUUGUUGAAAUCGAUCCGGAAGCUCGUAAAGCUUUAAAUUUUAUUGAAACAGUGAUACAACUUCAUACACAUUUAUUUAGUAAAUGUUUACAACCAAUAAAAAGUGCUAUUAUUCGCAUAUUUCCAUAUCUCUGCGAAUUAGAAAGUAUUGUUGCUAAUGAUGAUUUUAUUCGAAAAAAUUUAAUAGUUAGUCGAAUGUGUGUAGCCAUGUCAUAUUUACAUAAACCUUUUAUGGAAGCUUUAAUUGAACAAUUAGAACAAGCUUGUUCAAGUCCAAAAUGGCAUGCACGUCGAGCUGCUAUUGAAUUUGUACAAAAUAUGAUCUUUUGUAAUUUAUUCAAUGCCCGACCUUAUGCACAACGAUUACGACAACUUGUUUUCAAAUGUUUAUUUGAUGAACAAUUUGAAGUUCGAACAGUUGCAUCUGUUAGUUUAUCAGGAUUUUAUCAAUGUGGAUAUAUACAAAUUAAUAAUGAUGAUCUUAAAUAUUUUCGUGCAAUGAGUAAAACAAGUUAUUUUACAAAAGUUGAUGGAAAAAAAGUAACAUCAGCAGAAAAUAUUGUUAAAAGACAUGGAGGUGUUCUUGGUCUUUGUGCAAUUGUUUUAUCAAGUCCAUAUGAUAUUCCAAAAUAUGUACCUGAAGCAUUGAUGUUACUUUGUGAACAUUCACAUGAUCCUGAUCUAAUUCAAGUAUGUUAUUUUGAAAUAGAAGAAAAGUU